UUCUUUUUUUUUUUUUUUUUUUGUUCGCGGCCUUUCUGUCCGACCAGAGAGAAACUGAAGACAAGAAGAGGCGGGUCAAACACUGCGAGGCCUGCGAAUUUGGCCCGUCACGAUGCGCUAGAAUGGGUCGAAGGGAGGACAGGAGGGAGGACCUUUUUUACGCCAUCACGGCGACGGCCUUGAGGGCGGCGACCACGGUUCUGGUUCUGGGGCUGACUCUGGGUUUGAGGGCGUUCGGCAAUGAUCUCAUCCAAGCUGCGGUCCAUUUUGGACACGUCCGAGGGGAUAUGUGGUCGGAAGUAUGAUAUAGACAAAGGUGUAGGAGGGGACUUAUGUGGGUGUAUUGAUAUAAGCAAAUGCGUACAAGAAGCGCUGGAAUGC